AUGCUCACAGGACCAGCAGCAUUGAAAAAGAAAUCACCAGAGCCCUCCACGAAGCCCCUGACGGGACAGAUCGGACUUAGGAACAACAGUAUCGACAAAGCAUUUUCAGGAAAAGAAGCUCUGCAUGCUUGUUUAAUUAAAAAAGAAGAUGUAUGGGAAGAGGGUCUCAUCAGACCUGUGGCCGCCUCCUUCUUGAAUAGCCCAGAGAAUUCAUCUCAACAGCGUUUCUACAGCAGCUCCCUGCUCCAGGUGGCCAGACGAGUGUUCCAGACCCAUGUUGUCUCCCGGGACAUUGACACAGUAGCGAAGUUUAUUGGCGCUGGCGCAGCCGCCGUUGGUGUGGCUGGUUCAGGGCCUGGGAUUCGAAAGGUGUUUGGCAGCUUGAUCACUGGCUGUGCCAGAAACCCAUCUCUCAAGCAGCAGCUCUUCUCCUGUGCCAUUCUGGGCUUUGCCCUGUCUGAGGCCACGGGGCUCUUCUGUUUAAUGGUCACCUUCCUCAUCCUCUUUGCCAUGUGA